GCCCGCUCUCUUAAGCCGGUUCAAUGCCCCCACCGCGGCCGCGCGCCACCGCUCCGCUCCGCCGCGCGCCGCUCCGCUCCGCCACCCCCCCCGCCCCGCCGCCGCGCGCCCCGCCGCCGCCUCGGGGCCGCCAUGGAGACCGGCAGCAAGAUGACAGCUCGCCUGAUGCUCGCUGUGGGAGGAGCGGUGCUGGGUUCCUUGCAGUUUGGCUACAACACUGGUGUCAUCAACGCCCCACAGAAGGUGAUCGAGGACUUCUAUAACCGCACCUGGCUGUACCGCUAUGACGAGCCCAUCAGCCCUGCCACCCUCACCACGCUCUGGUCCCUCUCCGUCGCCAUCUUCUCUGUCGGAGGCAUGAUCGGAUCCUUCUCCGUGGGGCUUUUCGUCAAUCGCUUCGGACGACGCAACUCCAUGCUGAUGUCCAACAUUCUCGCCUUUGUGUCCGCCAUCCUCAUGGGCUUCUCCAAGAUGGCUUUCUCCUUUGAGAUGCUCAUCCUUGGCCGCUUCAUCAUUGGCCUCUACUCAGGCCUCACCACUGGUUUCGUGCCCAUGUAUGUGGGCGAGGUGUCGCCCACCGCGCUGCGGGGCGCGCUGGGGACCUUCCACCAGCUUGGCAUUGUCGUGGGCAUCCUCAUCGCACAAGUGUUUGGUUUGGACUUGAUCAUGGGAAAUGAGUCGCUCUGGCCGCUGCUCCUGGGGUUCAUCUUCAUCCCCGCCCUGCUGCAGUGCGUCAUCCUGCCCUUUGCCCCCGAGAGCCCCCGCUUCCUCCUCAUCAACCGCAAUGAGGAGAACAAAGCCAAGAGCGUCCUCAAGAAGCUGCGGGGCACAACGGAUGUCAGCAGCGACCUCCAGGAGAUGAAGGAGGAGAGCCGGCAAAUGAUGAGGGAGAAGAAAGUGACCAUAAUGGAGCUCUUCCGUUCUCCCAUGUAUCGCCAGCCCAUCAUCAUUGCGAUUGUCCUGCAGCUGUCCCAGCAGCUCUCGGGGAUCAAUGCGGUCUUCUACUACUCCACCAGCAUCUUUGAGAAGUCAGGUGUGGAGCAGCCCGUCUACGCCACCAUUGGCUCUGGUGUGGUGAAUACAGCUUUCACGGUUGUUUCGCUCUUCGUGGUGGAACGAGCCGGACGCAGGACCCUCCACCUCAUCGGCCUGGCAGGGAUGGCGGGCUGUGCCGUGCUCAUGACCAUUGCCGUGACGCUGCUGGACCAAAUGCCCUGGAUGUCCUACCUCAGCAUCGUGGCUAUCUUUGGGUUCGUGGCCUUCUUUGAGAUUGGUCCAGGCCCCAUCCCCUGGUUCAUCGUGGCAGAGCUGUUCAGCCAAGGCCCUCGUCCCGCUGCCUUCGCCGUGGCCGGACUGUCCAACUGGACCUCCAACUUCAUCGUGGGCAUGGGCUUCCAGUACAUCACGCAACUCUGCGGCUCCUACGUCUUCAUCAUCUUCACGGUGCUGCUAGUCCUCUUCUUCAUCUUCACCUACUUCAAGGUGCCGGAGACGAAGGGUCGGACCUUCGACGAAAUCGCCUCGGGUUUCCGUCAGGGGGGAGCGAGCCAGAGCGACAAGACCCCGGACGAGUUUCACAGCUUGGGCGCCGACUCCCAGGUCUAACCCGCCCGUGGCCCCGCCCGGCCCCACCCGGCCCCGCCCACCUUCUCUCCCGAGUUUGUUGGGUUUUAUUUUUCAAAAUGCUUUGUACAGAAACCAGGACGGAGGGAGUGGGGGGGUGGCUCUCGGCCUGCACCCCUUUCCCACGCUCCCCCACUGGUUUAUCGGGGACAGACUGACCUAUUUUAUUAUUAUUAUUGGUUUUUUUUUUUGUUCUGCUAGAAACGAUUUUUUUUUUUAGCUGGUUUCGCGUCCAGGAUUUCAAAGCCAAUAGGUGUUUUAAAAACCUCCGCCAGCGGGAGGUCAGCUCCCUUUUUUUUAACGACGCGAUAGGUUAUUUAACGAGAAAUCACGUAGCGGAAGUUUUUAAAGCUGGAAACUUUUUUUUAAUAUUCUAAUCUUAGGAGAGAAAAAAAAAAAUCACGUAAAUUUGACUAAAUUUUAAACCAAACGAGUUAUUUUUUAAAGCAACCCGACUGAUUUCAAGCCCCCGGUGGGUUGGCAGGUGGGGAUUUCCCUGCCCUGGGGAGUGGCGAGGACGGAGCGGUCGCAAAGGUCAAUACCCCGUAGCCGGUUGCAGAGCGUUGUCUCCGCCAGCGGCUUCUCCUCUCCCUGCCUGCGUUUUGGCCGGGGGAGGAAACGGGGAGGAAAAACAUCACUCUUUUUUUUUUUUUUUACCUUUUUUCCUUUUUUUUUUGGCUUAAUCUUGGCAAUAUUUGCCCGCCGGUGAAGCGCUGGCAGCCCCACGACCGCUGCCGCCCCCAGCCCCGGCCUCACCAACCUUCAUCGUCAGGUGGAUGCAUCCGUUUCCUGCUCUUUGUAUAGACUGGAAGAUAUUUAUAUUAUAUAUAUUUUUGUUCAAUGGUUGUUAAUAGUAGACGUUUAAGUUAUAGCGUUUCUGAUUUGCCAGAGUACUGUAAAUAUUCUCGGAGUAUAUUCACGUUGUAUAAUGUAUACAAAAAGGUACAGACGCAAAGGUAUAGUUUCUAUAGCGGAGAGAGCUUGUACAGGGUUAGGAUGACUUUUGUAUAGUUCAUUACCUGCACUGUAGUCGUAUCUAUUGCACUGAACGCCAGGCUGUAGUAUGGUUAAAAAAACCCCACAAAAAAAGAAGAAAUACUGUCCUUUUCCACCAAAACUGAAAAACAAAAAGCCCUCAGACCCCCUUGGGAAGAGCAGCCCCGCCCACGCCGGCAGCUCCUGCCACAUUCCCAGGCACUUAUUAAUUUUUUUAAACAGUAUCUUUUUUUUUUUUUUGGUUUUUAAUUUAUUUGUCCAUUUUGUGAGCGAUCACGCUCGACCACGCGUGAAAAGACAAUAAAGGUGGCGGUGGGAGGACGAAAUGCAUCCCUAUACAAAACCGCCCUGUGCUCGACCCGGCGCCUCUCGGCGCCGCAUCCCCGCAGCCUGCACGUGUGUGGUGGUUUUAUAUUUAAAAAAAAACAAAACAAAACACAAAAAUACAUAAGUGCCAAGAGGACGGUGUGUGGUGUGCUAGCAAUAAACGCAAAUGUAUGCAGCCGCCGG